ACUGAGAAAAAGAAUGUCAAGAAUUAGCAUAUGUGUGUUUGUGUUGCUAUGUGCCUUUGGGGCCAAAGCAGCCGCUCAAUCCGCUCCUAGCGUAAGAGCAACUUACCAUUUCUACAAUCCUGCACAAAACAACUGGGAUCUUUACCGAGUAAGUGCGUAUUGCUCAACGUGGGAUGGGAACCAACCGCUUGAGUGGCGUCAGAGGUACGGCUGGACUGCUUUCUGUGGUCCAGUUGGACCGACCGGUCGUGACUCUUGCGGUAAAUGCUUAAGAGUAACGAAUACUGCGACAAGAGCGCAAGCAACGGUGAGAAUCGUUGAUCAGUGUAGUAACGGCGGUUUGGACUUAGACGACGGCGUUUUCAAGCAGCUUGAUACUGAUGGUCAGGGAUACGCUCGUGGGCACUUGAUUGUCAGUUACGAGUUUGUCAACUGCUGAAGAUCUUCAUCUAUUGAUCUUCUGUUCAUAUAUAUAGCACAUAUAUAUCUCCUUAUUAUAUAUAUGCUAAUAAGAUGAAAAUAAAUGCUACCAUGUCUUAUCUUUCAUAACAAAAAGAAAAUAAUGUAUGUGAAAAUUAUAGUUGUUAAGGAAUAAAGUGAUAAUUGGGUUUUAAUAUAA